CGGUUUUUUUCUAGAGCACUUGUAAAAGCCGGUGCGUGUAUGCUAACAGUGCACGGGAGGACACGUGAUCAGCGUGGACCGAAUACGGGUUUGGCCGACUGGUCAGCAAUGCGUGCCGUUGUGAAUGCUGUUGAUGUUCCGGUUCUAGCUAAUGGCAAUAUACAGAUCCCCGGUGAUGUUAACCGAUGCUUACAAUCAACCGGUGCUAGUGCUGUUAUGAGUGCAGAAGGCAUUUUGUCGAAUCCAUAUUUAUUCGAAGAACGACACGAGGUGAAUUGGCUGGUGGCAAAGGAGUAUCUUGAUUUCGCUGAGCGUUACGAAUCCACUGUAAGCACAAUCAGGGCGCAUCUGUUUCGCAUCUGUCACCAUAGGUUUGUUGGUUUUCUGCUAAAUUUGGUUUUGCAUAAGUUGCAGAAGUACGAGAAGCAGCGCUAUCCUCCUCGCCCUCCUCCAUGCCUCAUUGGGUUUGCAAACCGUAUUACCGUCCGAUGCGGGACAAUUCUGCGGUCUCGGAUUCGCUGUAUCGUGAACGUCGACGAGCAGAAUUAG